AUGUCGUCGCCUUCUGAAUAUCGCCGCCCACGCCAGCCGGCGACUUCAAACCGGCAGCUGAGGCAUGCCUUCGCGGAGUUUGGCAUCGACACCUCCGAUUUUGAAACACAGUCAGAUGCUGGCUCACCCAGGGGCUCACCCUCUCAACCUCUCUCCAACGCUAAAAGUCUCCCUACCCUCACAAAGGCGGCUUAUGGCUCGCUCGAGUUCAACCAGAACUACGAUGACGGUGUCCAGCCGUACUGGGGAAAUCUCUCCUCCGACGCUGAUCACAAUGGGGAAGCUGAAGUAACCCCUUUCCACGACCUUGCACAAUACGGCGAAUCUCAAAUUCAGACCGGUGCCACCAACGAAACCCCUCGACCCUUUACCAGAUCUCGAAGGACAUUUGAUGCCCAGGCCGUUUAUCCCGCUGAGGCUUGUCUCUUCGUUGCCAAUCUUGCUCAGAACUUUGAUGACUUAAGUAUCGAAAAAGACCUCACUCGAUUCUUUGGUCAAUACGGAACUGUCUUUAUCAAAGUGAAGCGUGAUCAACGACUCAUGCCUUACGCCUUUGCUCAGUUCACCGAACGCAAGCAUGCCGACUUUGCUUUGCAGAAUGCAGGUGGAAAAGAAAUCAUGGGUCGCUAUCUUCGCUUGGAAAAGUGCGGAGGAAACUUAUCCUACAUCAUCUUCCGCAAGAACAAGCGUGUAGUUCAGUAUGACGAGGCCCACGACAUCUUCUCCCGAUAUGGCAAGAUUGCCAAGAUUGAGACUUUGGACUAUAAAAUUCAAAUCAAGCUCGAUGUGCCUCCAUCCAUGAUGGUACAGUAUGAGAAAUUCGAUCCUAAGCGAGACGUCAUCAAAUCUUUCGGUUCUUCUGAUGUCUUCAUCAUCAUGUUGUACGACCCUAAGAUCGCCCAAGAUCCUUCCGAGCGUGCGCCAGGCGAUCAAACUUUCAUGGAACAGCAUGAUAAGAAUCGUCGCUCAAUCUUCAUGGGCAGUUUACCUCCUCAUACGAAUGAGCACUUGGUCCACAGAGUGGCCUCCCUCUGUGGAAAUGUUACUUCCAUUGACCUUAGGGUUAUCCCUGAUAUCAAUGGUGGCCCCCCUAAUGUCUAUGCGUUUGUCGAAUUCGAGCGUCCCAAUGCCCCUGACGAGGCCGUGCGUCAGUUCAACGGGACACAAGUUGAGGGUUCUAUCUUGAAAGUUGAGCGAAGGCGAACCAGGCCUACUCGUGAUGCGCGAAGCUAUUCAAACUCGCUGGCGGUGCGACCACUGCCAUUAGUGCCGCCUCUGCGUCCUUACCGUGCAGCUUCUAUAGCUCUCGCGCUCGCGGAUGAACAAAAGGAUCAUCGCGAUAUAGACCCUAUGGCAAUGGCCCUUUUCUCACAUCAGUCGAACGACAGCCGUGUAGGACCAAUGGCUCCCAUGCCCACUCACUACCAAGGCCAGCAUAGCCGCUUAGGAUCGAUCACUGCUGUACCCGCUCAUCAUCAAAACCAGCAUGGCCUUUUAGGAUCCAUGGCUUCUGCACUCACUCACCACGAAGAACAGGAUAGCCGUUCCGUAUCAAUGGCUGUCGAUGGACUUACGGUCAAUCAAAGUAACGACAACCGCAUGAAGUCGACUGAUGAAAUUACCCCUCCCCCUCAAGACUUCCACGCAAUGCUAGUUCAACUCGAACAACUCAACUCGCAACGUGUGCUCCUUUCUCCCAACAAGAUGCUUCAGUUCGGUGCUGGUGAGUUAGAUGAGUACACUCCCAUUAACUCGCCCGACAAAGUCAGUGGCACCAAUGCCACCGGAAACAAUGUUCAAUGGGGACAAUCGCAAUUCAUUGACGCCUCUCCCGUGUACCUAUCUCCUACAGGAUCGCCUCCUGUUCACCACGAACCCAAUGAUGUCCAGGUCAAAUCCUUUGCAGAGCGCUCAGCUACCGGACGCUCUAUGUCUUACGCGUUUUCGCCGGCUGCUCAGCAUGCAGUAGACCGAUGCGAGAUGGCUAUGGAGGACAAGGACAGUGGCGCUGUCAAGGGGCACCGUCGCGGCCCUUCUGCCCUCAACCCAGUCGCACCAGCCCUAGAUCUUGAGGUCUCAGAAAGUGAUGGAUCCAACGAGUGGCGAACUACUGGCACCACAGAGGAGGAAGAGGGCUUUGAGGAGAAAAAGGCAAAGAGCAGGAAGAAACUCCGACGCAGCUGCCUGUCCGAACAAAACCUGAAGCGAAACGAACUUGCCGAUUCCCAGCUCAACAAGGACCACAAGUCAGAGGAGAACCUCAAAGCGAAGAAGAGAGUUUCCUUCAAAAAGGAGGCAUCUGUCAUCAACAACAGCCCUGAGCCAGUUCGCGAGACACCUAUUCGCCAAGCGCCCAUUCACUCUCCCUAUAUCGGGCCUGCUUUACAGACACAACCGAUGCCACCACCACCGCCUCCUCUCCCUGGCGGCCUUGUAUAUGUAGCUGUUCCUUACGAGUCUGUUGCCGCGCAGUUGAGCACUCCACACUUUUACGGCUAUCCGUCCCACCAACAUGAGGUUCAGUAUCAGGCCCAUCCACAAGUCUACCAGGAGCAUCCUCAGGCUCGCUACCAGGCUCAUAACCAGACCUUCUACGGCGAGAGCGCCGGCACUAUUUAUCGAGCCCAACCCCAGGUCCCCUUCCAGGAAAGUAUCCAAACACCGUACCCAGGAUAUGUUCAAGCACCCUAUGGCGAGUAUGCCCCAAUGUACAACCAUCAGGUUCAGUACCAAGGCCCCCAGCAUGUCGAUCUUCAAGGUCGCCGCUAUGCCUCAUAUUCUCACCCUCAAGAGUACCGCGAACCACCCCUACAGUCUCACUAUACCACCUACAAUAACAUGGCUUCUUCUAGCAACGUCUACAUGCCCCGUGCUCCCGCCGAAUCUCCUCACCAGAGACGACAGCGUAUUGAAGCGGAACGAUACCGUCGCUACAACGCCUAA